AUGCUCGAUCAAAGGCCGAAUCCCAAGAAUGACGAUGAAAUGCGCAGAGCAAGAGAAGAAGAAGCGAAAAUCAUAAAGCGCAACGGUGAGUUCAUGGAAAAGGUGGAAGAGGUUGACGAUGAAGAAGUAAACAUUAUAAGGCGCAACGACGAGAUUGGGAAUAAUGUAGAGCUACGCAAUGAGGUUAAUGAAGGCUCCAGAGACUACAAGAUUGCUGAAUUCGACUUCGAAAUCUUCAGGGAAAAGGGGGGAUCUAAGUUCUUCAAAGGGAAAAUGGUUCAUAUUUGGAAGAGAGAGGAUGGGGAAUGGCGUACUUAUCAUGAAGAAUACGAGUUAUAUAAUUGA